AUGACCACCCAGACCAAGAAGCUAAGAGUGGCUCUCAUAGGGGCAGGCCCCGCCGGACUGGCCGCAGCUAUCGAGUUUGCCAAGUUGCCAUUCGUGGAGUAUCGGAUCUAUGAACAGGCCCGGGAGCUGCGCGAGAUGGGCGCGGGCAUCAGCAUCCAGCACAAUACAUGGCGCAUGAUUGAUGUCUUGGGAGUUUAUGAUAAUUUUGACCCGAAGGAUCUGUUCCGCCCUGUGGACGGGCAUGGGGUGCAGCAUCGGAAUGGAAGAACGGCGGAGCUGUUGCUUUCCAAAGGGCAGGAGGGUACCCCGACCCGAUACCUUCACGCGAGGACGAUGCGCUCGGUACUGCAAAAAGCUCUACUCCGAGCCGUCGAUCACUCGAAGCUGAGGUUAUCCAGUCGGCUGGCGCAGAUCACCGAGUUGCCCUCUGGUGCAUUGCGUCUGCGAUUCAAAGACGGUUAUCAAGACGAGGUGGAUCUGCUUGUCGGCGCGGAUGGAAUUCGAUCGAUCGUCCGCCAAUUCGCAUACCCCAACUACCGUCUGCGAUACACAGGCACAACCGCCUACCGUGCUCUCGCCGACGCUAGCGAUGUCCUGAGCGUACCCGGUUUUCCCGACGCGAACACCUUCUGGCACGGUCCGGACGAUCGACUGUACACGUGCAAUCUCCAAAACAAUGUGUACGAGAUCGCGGCUCGGAUCCGUCUAACUGAUGAUGUUGCGCCGGUUAGUUGGGGCCAGGACGCCCGCGUGCAGGAGGUUAGCAACCGGUUCAAGAACUUCUCCCCGAUCGUUCAGCGCGCACUGGCAAAGAUCAAGGUGGUGAAGAAGUACGCGCUCUUCAAUGGACCCAGAUUGCCCAGGGUUGUUUCGCAUGGCUCGAUUGCGCUGAUAGGAGACGCGUCUCAUCCUUUGUCUGGAGAAUUCGGCACUGGGGCUGGCUGCGCCUUCGAGGAUGCAUAUGUCGUAACUCGUGCGAUACAAUGGGCGCAUGAGCGGGAGCUCCCGAUUAGUGAUGGGUUAGAUCUUUUCGAUAAAGUGCGGGCGCCUCAUUAUCAUGCGAUGUUCGACAUCUUGAACAGAUUUGCCCAGUCCAGCGUCUCCCGCCAGAAGCUCACCAGCUUCGACGAGGCUGCUGAUCAGGUCCUGUUGGAUGAGUGGAGCGACGGGCAUAGUUGGUUAUACCGCUACUCGGUGGAAGACGCCUGGCGUCAAGCCCGGGAGGCUGAGGAUGUUCGUCGGGGGAUCCUUGCUAGGGGUAAUGGUGUUGACAUUGAGAUCGAGUCCAGCUCUCAUCUCUGACUAGUUUAAUCAUCGUGUAAAUCUGGUUUGAGAACAGUGUACACCUCGAAUAAGACCUG